GCUAUUGUCCACGUACCUCUCAUCAUUCAAUUUGAGAUUUCUUUCCCUUUAAUUUUUUACUGAUUUGAUCUCAAAGACAGCUACAGGUUGAGGCAUUUUAUCAAAGAAACAAGUUGUUGGGUCUGCUCCCAAGAUCCAACGAAAUUGAUUGUUUGCUUCCCCACUGACAUUAAUCCAUCUAUAUAUCCUCUGGCUUAACCUCCCCAUUCUUCUGAACAAAGCUCACUUCUUCCACUGUAAGCCUCCACAGAGAAGAAGAGAUCUUUAUUCUUCUGGUGAAGACAACUCCAAAACUAUGGCAUUUGCAGGCACAACCCAGAAAUGUAUGGCUUGCGAAAAGACCGUCUAUCUCGUCGACAAGUUGACUGCCGAUAACCGCAUCUACCACAAAGCCUGUUUCAGAUGCCACCAUUGCAAAGGAACUCUCAAGCUCAGCAACUACAAUUCCUUUGAGGGGGUGCUUUAUUGCAGGCCGCACUUUGAUCAGCUCUUUAAGAGGACUGGAAGUCUUGACAAAAGCUUUGAAGGGACACCCAAGAUCGUGAAACCAGAGAAACCGAUCGAUGGCGAGAAACCGACAGCAAACAAGGUUGCUAGCAUGUUUGGCGGAACUAGAGAUAAAUGUCUCGGCUGUAAUAACACCGUCUAUCCGACAGAAAAGGUUACGGUGAAUGGAACUCCUUACCAUAAAAGCUGCUUCAAAUGCUGCCAUGGAGGAUGCACGAUCAGCCCUUCGAAUUAUAUUGCUCAUGAGGGGCGGCUUUACUGCAAGCACCACCAUAUCCAGCUGAUCAAGGAGAAGGGAAACUUGAGUCAGCUUGAAGGAGACCACGAAAAGAUAACAGCAAGGGAGAAAAUCAAUGGUGGAGAGGUGGCUUCUGAGGCCUGAUCUGCAGAAUCAUCAAGCUUUCUCUUCCCGCUGUUCAGAAUCUGCUUUCACCUUCAUCAGACAAGAUGAAGGGGAACCCUUAUCUUUUUUAAGGCUAUGUACUAAGAGAAGUACCAGCAUCCAUAGUGUUUCCUGUUAAAAGUGUGUUUUUAGCCUGCCUGUUUCUUGAAUAUUCAAAUAACAUGCUCAAACAGAUGACAAGAUCUGUUUGAUUUUCACCAUUUUGCAUGUUGAAGAAGAGUGGCAUGUUUGUGUGUUUGAAUCGUAUUCCUGUCAAUUCCAAUGGAUGCUAAUAAUUAUACACAUAUAUUCACCAUGUUUA